CCCCGCAGCUUGAAGCUGCACGGGCUGCAGCCGCCUCAGAGUCGCGCGCGGGGCGUGGAGCGGAGCUGAGGAGUCGCGGCCGCGGCCAGGACUGUCGGGACUGUCCAGCGAGCGCAGCGCGGCGGGAGCCGGCAGCCGGAGCAGCCCCGGAGCAGAAGUAGCGGUCGCGCCGCUGUCCACGGAGCCCAGCCGAGCCGGCCAUGGCGCUGUCGAUGCCACUGAACGGGCUGAAGGAGGAGGACAAAGACCCCCUCAUCGAGCUCUUCGUCAAGGCUGGCAGUGAUGGGGAAAGCAUAGGAAACUGUCCCUUCUCCCAGAGGCUCUUCAUGAUUCUUUGGCUGAAAGGAGUUGUGUUUAGUGUCACAACUGUGGACCUGAAAAGGAAGCCUGCGGACCUGCAGAACUUGGCUCCGGGGACCCACCCACCAUUUAUAACUUUUAACAAUGAAGUCAAAACGGAUGUCAAUAAGAUUGAGGAAUUUCUUGAAGAAGUCUUAUGCCCUCCCAAGUACUUAAAGCUUUCACCAAAACACCCAGAGUCAAAUACUGCCGGAAUGGACAUCUUUGCCAAAUUCUCUGCUUAUAUCAAGAACUCAAGGCCAGAGGCUAAUGAAGCCCUGGAGAGGGGUCUUUUGAAAACAUUGCAGAAACUGGAUGAGUAUUUGAAUUCUCCCUUACCUGAUGAAAUUGAUGAGAACAGUAUGGAGGACAUCAAAUUUUCUACACGUAAAUUUCUGGAUGGCAAUGAAAUGACGUUAGCUGAUUGCAACCUGCUACCCAAGCUGCACAUUGUCAAGGUGGUUGCCAAAAAAUAUCGCAACUUCGAUAUUCCAAAAGGAAUGACUGGCAUCUGGAGAUACUUAACUAAUGCUUAUAGUAGGGAUGAGUUCACCAAUACCUGUCCCAGUGAUAAGGAGGUCGAAAUAGCAUACAGUGAUGUCGCCAAAAGACUUACCAAGUAAAACAGCACUUACAGGAGAGACAUCUUCAAAUCUUCUUCCCUUAAGAGUACGCUUUUCCUAACAGACUGCUCCUCUUCCUAUGAAGUAGAAAUGUAUUUUGCAUGACCCUGCAGUUAUUCAAGGUUAGGGUCAAGGAUAGACAAGGUAUCGUAGUUAAUAUAUACACUCCUAAGCAGUAUUAUUUUAAAAUCCUUUCCCCUGCCUACCUCCCUGUCCGUAGCCUUCUCUCCCCAGCUUGGAGACACUCCAUCACAAGCCCUUCAUGUGCAGCGCCGUUUGCCCUCCCGAGAACCUUCGCCGUUGUGUCCAUGCACUGUGUAUAGAUGGCAAAACUUUUGAGGUGCAAUGUUUAUGUUUAACCCUUAAAAUAGUAGCCAUGACAUCAGCAGCCCCAAACGGGUGCACAGUGCAUGGUAAAAGGAAUAUUCACGGUUUUUCUUUUCAAUUUUGUUGUAUGUCAUAAGAGCACAUGAAAGGGCUGCUGCUGUAUCAGAGACACUGCUUCAGUUUAGUCUCUCCUGGGUAUGAGCUAAAGGAUGUCACCACCAGAGAAGAGGGCCUGCUGCAGAAAGUCACUACAGAUUGUUACUUUCUUUGUAGGUGGAUUUUUAAAUUUUGCCUAAAGUCAUUUUCCUUCAUAUGAAUUGUAACAUCUGACACCGUGUGGAAGCUAAAAGCUUAGAGGCAGGGAUGGUAUUGUCAGGAUCUCAAGCAUCUGACCCUUACAGGAGAACCCACGGGCACGGGGCCUCUGUCUGCAUGUGUCGUUCGUUAUGUAUUUUGCCCAGUGCCAUUCAUUUGGAACAUUAUUGCCUUCUUUGUUUUAAAAACUCCCUUUUAAGCAGCAGUAGACCUUGCUGUUUGUAAAUCUUUUGAGCAACACUACAUAAAUUGGUAUUUAGUUGAUUUAGUUAUAGCAGUAUGGUGAUUAGCAAUAUAAAAAUUAAUUCUUACAGGAAUUAACCUAAGGAAUGUAGGAUGGGUUUGUCACAGUAUGCAGUGAAUUUUGUUUCCGAAGCAUAUUUAAUGUAGAUAAUCUACAGAAUGCAUUAUCCACCCUAUAUUAAAAAUGAUAAAACACUCUUUCCACUUCCAUUGACUGUUAGACUUUGCAUAGAGGAUUGUUCACUGCUUUUGGAUUAAAUUGUAGCUGUUUUGUCUCAUCUCAUCACUGUUAUCCUUGAGUUAAAUUUUUCUGCAACUACACCGAGGAAUAGUAUUCUGUGUUUUUUUGUUUUUGUUUUCUUUUUUAAUUAAAGUCCUAAAUUAGGAAUUAUUUAUGCUCUAACAAAGAAUGAACUUGGUAAAAGGAGAACAGAAGUUUGCUUUGUAUUAUUUUUUCCUUUCUGCUGCUGCUUCUUCAACAAAAUGGGCUUUGUAAGUGCAGUACUACUCCAAAGACUGGCUGUGACUGUGAUACAUUUUUGGUAAUUUUUAUACCUAACUUGUCUAAGAAGUGCUAUUUCUUACAGGCUUUUGAAAAGUACAUUGCUUUCAGAUGGCAUUGUUUCCCCCUUUUGGUAUGCUGACAUUUUUAGUAAGCACUGAUUUGAUGGAGGCAGCCCGACUUUUAUAAGCAUGCUACAUUUUUACAUCUGUCAGUAACUAGCUUCCUAUGGAAAGAGAAGAAAAGCUCCAUAUUGUAUCCAUUUGGCUUAGGGAGAUCCCUUUGCCUUACCUUUCUUACUACUACUUACUGCUGAUAGAAGUUUGAGCACCACUGUAAUUAAAUAUUGUAAUUACAUAUUGGGUGUAAUUAAAUAUUGGGUGAAGAUUUUUCUGGUUCUAGAAAAUAACAUCAAGAAGUUGCAUUGUGGUAGCUUCAGUGGGUGAAAGUGGCCAGCUGCAUCAGUCAUAGGCAAGCAGCAGCGGCAGCAGCAGCAGCAGCAGCAGCAGCAUCUGCUUUUUAAAUAGCAGCACCUUGAUCUCCAGGUGAUACUGAGCCUGACCUUGCAGCUUUAAGCAUGAGAAGGAUUUGACAGGGGUGGGUGUGGACGAAGCGGUGCAGAGUGGAGGCUCCUGGUGGAAAGAGCUCCAUUCCUCAAAGCAGAGUGCUGAAAAGCAUUUGGAAACUCAAUUGUGAAAUAAUUUCACUUUGCAUAUUUAUUUUCUUUUUAUUAUUUUUAUCUGUCCAGUGAUUACCCUCGGGUGUCUUCCUGGCUGUCCGAGGAAGGCAAGUCCAUGAUUUUAGCAAAAGCAGAACUGUUUUUCCUCCGCAGGAAGAUAGGUUUUAUUUCUCUGUCAAGGAAGUUAGUCAAAGAAAAUUGAGAAUGCUAGGGAUAUAGCGCAGUGGCACAGUGCCUGCCUGGCAACUGCAAGAUCCUGAGUUCGAUUUUCGGUACCGCCCCCCCCCUCAAAAAAAGACUGUGUCUUUUAAGUAUAAGAAAAUUGAGAAGGGUAAAUGGACAAAACCUAGUAAAAAGGAAGAUCUUGCACUUCAUAUGUUUGUAGAAAGAUGAUGGCUUAACAUCCUGAGAGAUUUGGGCUGUAAAGUUUCCAUGGCAACUCAUGUAGUGCAUGGAUGUGUUGACAUGUGGAAAUCAUCUAAUUUUAUUUCUACAACUAAUGAAUCAUUUCCCUCUUCAUUUAAUCAACUUUUGUUACAUGUCAGUGAGGAGAUUGGAGCAUGAGUGGAAAGUCUCACUAUUUUCCGAAGAUGCUGAAAAAAUUUCUCAUUAAACAGUUGAGAAGAUCUCUUCCAGUCAAUAUUAUCAACUUCCCUUUGGUUUAGAUGCAGAUGUUCAGAAAGAUGUCAAAUAAAAUAUUAUUUCUGAGUAACUUUGGCUUCACAACUUUAAACGUUAGAGUAAUGUGUAUACAAUUAAAAAGACUUGGGAUAUUUAGUCCUACAAGUGGAUCAACUCUAGAAUUUAGGCAUUUUUUUUGCUUUUGUGGAGUUUUGAAUAUCUCCAAAAUUGCAUGUAGAUAGCUUUUAAUUCUGUGCAUUUAGAAAUCCCAUUUAGGAAAUAUCUAUAGUGAAAAUGAAAGGAAAUACAAAUUAUUUUUUCAUGAACAUUUUGAUACACAUUUCAUCAAGUUAAUUGAUUCACCAAUUUCUUACACUGGUUAUAAUCAAUAUUUAAUUCAAAGAGAGGGAAGCAUUCAUUUUAUUUGUAGGCUCUUAAAAGUUCUAUCCUUUACAGAUUAUCAUGGUUGGGGCAACCAAAAUUACAUUUCUGUCAUGGACAAAAAAUUCAACUCCUAAGCCAUAAUGUUGAACAGAAUUGGAGUAUUUUCUUUAGAAUUACAUGAAUAGGCAAAUGAAAGCUUAUCAUAGAAUGCUUGUAUUUUCUUUUCUCUCUCUGGAACAUCAAUACCAGUAUAUUGCUGGCAGCUAUUAUGUUAAAAAUAAAGUAUAUUUUCACUACCAUAAA